AGCAGUGGUAUCAACGCAGAGUACUCCUCCGGCUUCGGCACCCGGGCCGACCCGUUCGGCCGCGGUGCCGCCACCCACAAGGGCAUGGACUUCCACGCCAGGGUCGGCGACCCCGUGAUGGCCGUGGCCGAAGGCGUGGUCAGCUUUGCCGGCGUGAAGGGCGGCUACGGCAACGUGGUCGACGUCGAUCACGGCAACGGUUAUGUCACCCGCUACGCGCACAAUUCGCGCCUGGUGGUGAAGGCCGGUGACCUGGUCCGUGCCGGCCAGGAAGUGGCCAAGGCCGGUUCCACCGGCCGUUCGACCGGUGCCCACGUGCACUUCGAAGUGUGGGGAGAACGGCAACGUGGUCAACCCGCGCAAGUUCCUCGGCGACGGCGGCAACACGCCGGUCGGCCGCAUCAGCCGCGGCUGAUCCCGGCCUGCUUACCCGCGUAUUUUGGCAGUCGUAACGAACGACAGCUGCGCCAGCUCAACCGCAUCGUCGCCAAGAUCAAUGCGCUGGAGCCGGAGAUCGAGAAGCUUUCCGACGAGCAGCUUCAGGCCAAGACGCCGGAGUUCAAGCAGCGCAUCGCCGGCGGCGAAGCCCUGGACAAGGUGCUGCCGGAAGCGUUCGCGGUCUGCCGCGAAGCGGGCCGCCGCGUGCUGGGCAUGCGCCACUACGACGUGCAGCUGAUCGGCGGCAUGGUGCUUCACCUGGGCAAGAUCGCAGAAAUGCGCACCGGUGAAGGCAAGACCCUGGUAGCGACCCUGCCGGUGUACCUCAACGCGCUGGAAGGCAAGGGCGUGCACGUGGUCACCGUGAAUGACUACCUCGCCCGCCGCGAUGCCGCGCAGAUGGGCAAACUGUACAACUGGCUGGGCCUGAGCGUCGUGUGUACCCGGGCAUGCCGCACAGCGACAAGCGCGAAGCCUAUGCCUCGGACAUCACCUACGCACCAACAACGAUUCGGUUUCGACUACCUGCGCGACAACAUGGCGCUGUCCAAGGCCGACCGCUACCAGCGCGGCCUGCACUACGCCAUCGUCGACGAAGUCGACUCGAUCCUGAUCGACGAAGCACGUACCCCGCUGAUCAUCUCCGGCCCGGCCGAUGAUUCCCCGGAGCUGUACAUCCGCGUCACCCGCGUCGUGCCGAACCUGGUCAAGCAGGAAGUGGAAGACGGCGAAGGCGACUUCUGGGUCGACGAGAAGGGCAAGCAGGUGCACCUGUCCGAAGCGGGCAUGGAGCACGCCGAGCAGCUGCUGGUCGACGCCGGCAUCCUCAAUGCCGAGACCGAGGGCCUGUACGCCCCGCAGACCUGA